AUGGCUCAAUGGUUAAAGGCGCCUGGUCUUGCUAUUGCAAUGACUGGGUUCGAAUACAAAGAGAUCCCCGCCUAUCAUAUGCAAUGUAAGAAAGACGGUGUACUUACGUUGAAACAGCUUCAAUGUUUUCAGUGUGAGUGCACGGCUAAUGUUGACUCAAUGUCUGACGAGGUUUAUUCAGUUGUACGUUUAAACGGUAACAUUAAAUGGUUCUGUGAUAAAUGUGUAAAAAACUUAGACAAACUCAACGAUGUUAAUGCUUCAAUUAAGACUAAAUUGGAAGAAACUGAUUUGGGGCUGUUGAAUAAAUCGAUUGAUGAAAUCAGUAAAUCACUUGAUGAAAAAGUUAAUGCCAUCAGUGCCAACCACGUCGCUAUAAAAUCGCAGCUGGACUCGAUUGAGUGCACAUCGGGAAAAAAGUUAAAUCAAGAGAUAAGCGGCCUCAAGUCUGAAAUGAUGAGAUCUUUUGCUAGUGUGGUCAGCACUGAAGUGAAACAGAGUGCUAAGAUCAUCAAUGAAGAUCUUAAAAAUGUCCGAAAAACACUAAAUGAUGUUGCCGAUGCUAAAGAAAGAGAGGCUAAUGCGAUGCUGUUCAGGCUGGGAGAAGGCCUUGACGACAAGGAUCGGGUCAUAAAAAUGAUUGCGAAAUUGACUGAUGACACUGUCAACGGAAAAAAUAUACUGAAAGUUUUUAGAUUGGGUAAGAGAGGUAAAAGAGUUGUCAGGCCAAUCCUCAUCAAGUUUGAUGAUGUAAAAAGCAAGGAAUAUUUCUUUACCAAUUUGUACAAACUCAGAUCUUUGAACGAUGAUUUUGCACACGUCAAAUUGAGUCAUGAUUUGACUGUUGAUCAGCGCAAGGAGCUGAAAAGAAUUUUAGAUGAUGCAAAAGCGAGAGAAACCAACUGUAAAGAGAUUUUUUUAUACAGAGUGCGAGGGGAAGUAGGAAGGUGGAAAAUAGUGAAAUUUCCGGCAAAAAAAGAGUCAAAUUAA